AUGAAGCAGAACAGCCUCCUGCCACUCACCCUGACCUUCCUGGUCCUCUGUCUCCAUGAGGCACAGUGUGGAGUCCAAGAGAAUAUAAAAACGGGGGAUAAUCCCAAUCGUCCGACAGGGAAAUUUUUACCCUGGGAACUGCCCUUCCUUUCUCUGUCCAUCAGGUUUUCUUCUCUGGUUCUUGGAGGGUCAGAAUCAGGAUCAGUCCAAAUCAAGCCUGGAACCUGCCCAAGAAUCCGGAUACCCUGCAAAUCACUUUCCAUUACUGUAAGGUGCCGCACGGAUUCCAGUUGUAACAGGAACCAGAAAUGCUGUUUCUACAAUUGCCAGAAAAUGUGCAUGGAUAAUCCGAGUCACAUACUGAAGACGCCACGUCCACACCAGGACUGAGAAGAUGUUGUUCCUGCAAGCUCAGGCCUGCGUGCCAGGGCUCCUGUUCUCAGUGCUCCUCACACAGAGACACCCUGUUCCUGCAGCUAGAGGCUAAUCAGUAGGA